AUGCUCAAGCUGAUCCCGCUGUACCUUCUCAUCUUCUCGCUCUGCCUGUCUGGAAUCGUUGGGCUGCCAGUCAGCCCACCACCUUCCUGGGCAACCAACGUCCAGAGCGACACACCCCACCCUUCGAAAUGGUCAACGCUGGUUGACCAUCCCAUCGGCCUCCGUAUCAGCGUUACAGGGUCGAAUGGGCAGCCUCAGCUGCCACACAUUCCGAGCGGGCCCUGGGGCGAGGCGCUGGACAUGGUCAACGCCGUCGUGGACCGCAUCAAGCUCUUCAAGCGCGGCUUCACCUCUCCCAGAGCAGGAGUCAACCAUCUUCGACCCCAAACUUGGCAGCAAUGGGUCAAAGAUGCUUGGAGACGGGCAACCUUACGUGAGCUGAAGGUCACACGACAGCAGUACGAGGAGGUCAAGAACAAGUACAGACCGACGCGACGCUAUCCGUCGUACGUCCAUCCACAGACGAGCCUCAAUUCUGCCCACCGCGCGCGAACAGCUCCUAUGCAGGCAGCAUACCGACAGACCGGCGGUCUCAACUCAGUCGCUUCUGUCGGAUCAGCCGAAGGUCUAGCACAGACGCACUACGCUCGAAAAGCGAAGGACUCGUCUCUCUUCAGCAGUCUCAAAUUCGACCUCAAGCUCGCCAAGCUCGUCAACAAAGCGAAGGGAGCGUACAGCAAGCUAGUGCGAGUGUUCUGA